ACUACACUUAAAAUCCCAUAGGUCCUCAAACUCCUUUCCUUCCAAGUUUCUGUCUGUUCUUUCCUCUUGGGCAAACAAUUUGGGACUUUUAAUUGUGUAGCGACACCCGGCCACUGCGAACAAUUCGACCCAGGGUUUUGUUUUCAUCCAGGAUCAUGUCCAACUAAUUGUUCUUCCUUACACUCAGACCCUUUUUCAUGGUUGCGUCUCGUACCGCAGUAGACUUUGUUUUCAUCAAAUAAUCCUCCGAUAUUAUCCCGGGGAAUCAGAACACAAUUAUCGCAGUAAACUGCUCGACGCUUCUAUCUCUUGUAUCUACCUCUCCUCCCGACUCGGCUUCCACCAAACGCUUGCGUCCGGUUCUCCUCUUUUCCUCUGAUCGGUCGCACAAGGCAUUCUUUCUCAACGGCGCAACUAGGAGUAUAUCGACAUUUUGAGUGCUUGUAGGUCCAAUACCUUGACAUCCGGUCUCACAUACGAAAGAAACCAUAUUGCGCCUCGCACAAAGUCACCUUUUAGUGAUAAACCAAAAAGUGAGACAUGGCGUCAGCGGCGCGUGGCAGUCGGGGGACACCGGCCGUUGACAGUUCGACACUCACACAAACCUCGGCAGCCGCCUCAGACAACGGCAGCAGUUCCGACAACACUGUCCAAAAUAACAUCAACAAUCCCCAAGCCAAAGAGGAGCAAGAGAAGGAGCAAGAACUCGAAAGAGCCAACGAAGAUGCCGACCCAACCGCGCCGCCAACCGACCCUCCAACAACGGUCACCGGCCCAUCAGCCGCCCCCGAAGAAGGCCGCACCAGCCUCGAAACAACCGCCAUUAUCCUCGCCCUAGCCAGCGCCCUCUUCCUGGCUGCUCUGGACGUGACCAUUGUGACGGUUGCCAUUCCCACGAUCUCCGAGGAGUUCGGCAGUACAACAGGGUACACAUGGAUCGGAUCGGCGUACCUCUUGGCCAACGCGGCGACGGCGCCCAUGUGGGGCAAGAUUUCGGAUAUUUGGGGCCGAAAGCCGAUUUUGUUGAUGACCGUGGGCGUGUUUUGGAUUGGCUCCCUGAUCUGCGCGUUGAGCAAGAAUAUGGGCAUGUUGUUGGCUGCCAGGGCGAUUCAGGGUGUGGGUGGUGGGGGGAUCAUCAUUUUGGUGAAUAUUUGCAUUAGUGAUUUGUUUUCGAUGCGGAAACGAGGAAUCUACUUUGGUGUCAUGGGCAUGGUCUGGGCACUGGCGAGCGCAAUUGGACCCAUUCUCGGAGGUACCUUCACAAGCAAAGUCACAUGGAGAUGGUGUUUCUACAUCAAUCUGCCCAUCUCGGGAGUGGGCAUGGCCAUUUUGGCGUUUGUCCUCAAGCUGCACAACCCACGGACGCCGAUUCGCCAGGGCCUGAUGGCGGUAGACUGGCUCGGCUCCGUGACCAUUGUCGGAGGCACGCUCAUGGUCCUGCUCGGCUUGGAGUUUGGCGGCGUAUCGUACCCCUGGAAGUCGGCAACCGUUAUCUGCUUGAUCGUAUUCGGCAUCGUUGUGAUUGGCAUCUUUGGUCUGAUCGAGUGGAAGGUCGCCAAGUAUCCCGUCAUCCCAAUGCGGCUGUUCAAGCGCCGGGCGAGCGUGGCUUCGUUGCUGGUGUGUGCUUGCCAGGGAUUUGUCUUUAUCUCAGGUAGUUACUACCUCCCCCUUUACUUCCAGGCUGUGCUGGGCGCCACACCGUUGUUGUCGGGAGUGUACGUAUUGGCAUUUGCCAUGUCGUUGUCCAUUGUGUCGGCCGCUACCGGUGUUUAUAUUAAGAAGACGGGCAAGUACUUGCCUCCAAUCAUCUUUGGCAUGACUGUCAUGACGUUGGGCUUUGGGCUUUUCAUCGACUUGGAGCCGAGGCCCAACUGGGCCAAGAUUAUCCUCUUCCAAAUCGUUGCUGGUGUCGGAGUUGGUCCCAAUUUCCAAGCCCCUCUCAUUGCUCUCCAAACCACCGUCCCGGGCCGCGACGUCGCCGCGGCCACCGGAACAUUCGGCUUCAUCCGCCAGCUCUCGACAUCCGUCUCGGUCGUCAUCGGCGGCGUUGUCUUUCAAAACCGCAUGGAGAAACAGCACGAGCGCCUCGUCCAAGAACUGGGACCCAAAAACGCCAGUCUCCUGACGGGAGGAAGCGCCGCGUCCAACGUGGGUCGACUUGCUUCUUUACCUCCCGACCAGCGCCAGAUUGCCCGUGAGGCCUACUUCAACGCCCUGCGCACCAUGUACAUUGUGUACGUUGCCUUUGCCGCGCUGGGUUUGUUCGUUUCGCUGUUUGUUGGCUCGAGGACGUUGAGCAAGGAGCAUGAGGAGCAUAAGACGGGGCUGGAUAAUAUGAAGAAAGCGAAGGAGGAUGCGGCGGGCGAGGGGAGGAGACGGGCGCCUGUGGAUGAGGAGAAGGCGGGUAGUAGGUAAUGUGUUUUUCUGAACAAAAAGAAGAGGCGGUUGGAGUUGGGAUGGGUUCCGGAAAAAAUGGCAUUGGGCGUGAGAGGGGGGGGGGGGGAGAGGGAGUAAUAUGGACUGGUCUACAUGAUUAACCAGUAUAUCCAAUUCAACAUGCGAAUACCGUCCUGGAAGCUGUUUAUAUAAUCAGUUUCAAAGAAACGGACGACGAACAAACAAACAAAAGAUAGAAAUAUACCCACCACUCCUAGUA